AUGGCUUUGAUUAAUUUAAUUCGUGGACAGGCCGGUUGCUCCCCAUUUCCUCAACAAGCUCCUUCGGACUGUACGUUCGCUUUUGACAAUCGUCAAAAUUUACUAAUUAUGGCUGCGAUUCUUACGGUCAACAAUUGGUCUAGACGACGCGAACAUGAUGCCAGAUGUCGGUAG